AUGGCAAGCUCUGCACUCAUCAUGCUCUCUUUCCCUCUUUGCGUGUCACUACUCCUGCUCCACAGCGCUCAGGCGCAGCUUGGCUUCGGGCAGCAAGAAACAGGGCAACCGGGGGGGAGCCGAUGCCGAAUCGAGAGGCUUAGCGCUCUGGAGCCCACGAUGCGCGUGCCCUCAGAAGCUGGCUUCACGGAGUACGUCGACCAGAACCACGAGCAGUUUCGGUGUGCGGGUGUCGCCGUUCAUCGCCUCGUCCUGUUUGACUAUGGUGUGACAGUUCGUCGUCGCUGGUCCCUGCAUGCAGGAAGGGGUAUUGCCGGAACAGUGAUCCCCGGUUGCCCAGAGACGUACCAAUCGUUCCAACAGCAACGGGAGGGGGGAGACGAACACCAGAGGAUCCAUUCCUUUCACGAGGGCGACAUCAUCGCGUUGCCCGCUGGAGUCGCUCAUUGGUGCUACAACAAUGGCGAAGCUCCUGUCGUAGCCAUUACGGUCUCCUACACGAGCAGCAGUGCUAACCAGUUGGAUCGUCAGCACAGGUUUCUACUAGCUGGAAGGGAGAGACGAGCACAACAAGGUGCACAUACAGAAGAGAGAUUAGAAAAGCAAAAGGGGGUCAGCCUCCUUAAUGGUUUCGAGCUUGAGCUACUGGCGGAGGCGCUCGGCGUCGACAAGGAGGUGGUGAGGAAAAUCCAGAAUCCAGACGACGGAAGGGGUGAGAUAGUCCGCGUCGACAGAGGGCUACGGCUGCUACAGCCAUUACAGAGGAACGAAGAGCAGGAGAGACAAGAUGGCGACGAUAUAAGGCGACGUGAAUCGAAUGGAUUGGAAGAGGCAUUCUGCACGAUGGAUUACAAGCAGAACAUCGGGGACACGACGCUCUCUGACCAAUACGAUCCGAACGCCGGAAGGAUCACCGUACUCAACAGUCGCAAGUUCCCCGUGCUAAGAUUCAUGCAAAUGAGUGCCGUGAGGGGAUCUCUCCGCCCGAACACCGUCGGCGCACCAUAUUGGAACAUCAACACUCACGGCAUAGCGUACGCCCUAAAUGGAAGCUGCCAGAUGCAGGUGGUGGGGCACGGAGGGCGGACCGUCUUCGAUGGCGAGCUCCGUCAAGGUCAGCUGUUGGUGAUCCCACAGCAUUUCGUGGUGAUAACAAAGACCCGGAGCGAGCAUUACGAGUGGGUGUCGUUCAAGACCAACGACAAUCCCAUGGUGAGUCAGAUCGUCGGGAAGGCAUCGGUUUUCCGAGGCAUGCCGGUGGAGGUGCUCAUCAACUCGUAUCGUAUCUCCAGGGACGAGGCCAAGAGGCUCAAGUUCAACCGCGGUAACCUGAUGUCCAUGUUUCCUCUCGAGUCUCACGGCGAUGUGAUGGAGACCUGAGCGGAAGAGAUGGCCCGUAGUAUGUUCUCUCGACUACAAUAAACAACAGCCCAAAUUAAUA